CAUCACUCGUAGUCAGCCAUGUUGUUGGUGUGACACACCGAGCUGUCAGCAACAGGUUCUCAGACUAGAACCGCUGCUAAACUUUAACAUUUCUCCAACAAUUACUGCUUUCUUUGGAUAUCAAACCUCUGCAGUGUGUCUGGGAAACCUCCCAGAAGUGGCGAGUGAUAACUUCAGACCCCUCGAAAGCUCGGAAGUUGAUGUUUUUUGGCCGCGGUGAGGGAGAUGGCUGCAAGCAGUAGCUGAGGACACCACCGGGAGUUCCCCAUCUCUGUCUCCCUCUGCCACCUGCAAACAUGAAUGGUGGUCUGAGUAUAUGGGCGAUUAGUCCGGAGGAGAGGGACAAGCAUGAUCAGAAGUUUGACACCCUCUCCCCAUCAAUGGGAUAUGUCUCAGGGGAGCAGGCAAGGAAGUUUUUCCUCCAAUCAGGGCUGCCUGCUUCAGUUUUGGCUGAGAUAUGGUCUCUGGCUGAUAUGAAUAAAGAUGGGAAGAUGGACAGGUUGGAGUUUUCCAUCGCUAUGAAGCUCAUAAAGCUAAAACUCCAGGGUACGCCGCUUCCCUCAGCACUGCCAAUCAUCAUGAAGCAGCCUCCAGUGCCUGUUCCCAGCCUCAGUAAACCCACCUCAUCUAUGACCAACCCAGCCUAUGGUAUUGGUUCUGUGCCUAACAUGCCCAUGAUGUCCGGGGCAAACUUUGCCAUGUUGACCCCUAUCUCCAUGGCAACCCCUGGACUCUCACCUUUGACACCAAUGACAGGCCUCACCUCUUUGGUUCCUACAGCAACAGGUCUAAGCCCUCUAAUAGCCUCCAACCCCACCAGGCCCCUGAUGCCCACUAUGGGAAACACCACACUGCCAAACGGCACCAUGGGACUUCUGCAGCCAAUCCCAGCUGGAGCUUUGGCCACUGGCCUACCUCUAUCUGCAUCCACCUACUCCUCUCCACUAGGACUCUCCUCUUCUCCUGCGGGUAUAAACAAGGCCUCAUCACUGUUGGACCUGGGAUCCAGCAGCUCUGCUUCCUCAUCUCCUUCUGUGAUGUCCCCUAUGGUUGCUGGUCCCAGUGACUGGGCUGUGCCACAUGCCUCUAGACUUAAAUACAGACAGCAGUUCAACAGCCUGGAUAAACAGAUGACUGGAUACCUCACUGGUCAACAGGUGAGAGGGUCCAUGGCAACCACAAUGCUGACUCAGACACAGCUGGCCACCAUCUGGACUUUAGCAGAUGUGGAUAAGGAUGGCAAGCUGAAAGCUGAGGAGUUUAUUCUGGCAAUGCAUCUGGUAGACAUGGCGAAGAUCGGACAACCACUGCCGCUAACACUCCCAACUGAGCUGGUACCACCCUCACAAAGGGGUGCAAUGAAUGGAUCCAGCUCUUCUCUCUAUGCUGCUCUGACUGAUGACUUGGACAUAGAACCUCCACAGAAAGCCAAGACCAACAUGUCAUUUGAGGAUAAAUUCAAAGCCAACCUGGAGCGAGGAAACGCAGAACUGGAGAAAAGACGACUGGCGCUGCGGGAGGCAGAGAGGAGGGAGCAGGAGCGGCGGGCUCAAAAGGAGAGAGAGGACCGAGAGAGGAGAGAGAGGGAGGCUCGGGAGGCUGAGGAGUUCAGGAGGAAAGAGGAGGAGAGGAGGCUUGAGCGACAGAGGGAACUCGAGAGGCAGAAAGAAGAGGAGCGACAGAGAGAGAUAGAGAGAAAAGAGGCUGCACAGCGGGAGCUUGAGCGUCAGAGGAAGGAGGAGUGGGAGAGAAGGAGGCGAGGAGAGCUCCAGAUAAAGAAGGAGCAGGAGCAGGAUGAUAUAAUCAGAUUGAAAGCUAAGAAAAGGAGUCUGGAGAUGGAGCUGGAGGCUGUGGGUAACAAGCAUCGUCAGAUCUCAGAUCGGCUGCGUGACAUUCAGAAUAAGAAGAAGCUGCAGAGGACAGAGCUGGAUCUGAUUAAUCAAAGGAAAGAGACACGCCAACAAGACAUUAACAACCUGCACAAACAGCUAGAGGAGUUCCAGAGGAAGUUGUCCCAGUUGACUCCGGAGCAGAAGAGGCUGACAGAGAAACUCAAAAGCAUGACUCUGAAUAACCUGCCUGUGGCGACCAUGUCCACCCUGAAGGUGGGUGUUUCAGAGAAAAAGGGGACAUGUAUGAAACUGCAAGAGCAGCUGGAAGCUCUGGAGAAAGAGACUGCUGCCAAACUGGCUGAGAUGGACCAGUACAACAAAGACAUGCAGGAGCUGAGAGAGAGCCAGAGAAAGCAGCAGGCAGCAUUAGAGAAACUACGGAACAUCAAAGAGGACAAACGGCGUGAACUGAUUCGAAGGAAGGAGCAGGAAGAGGAGAGGAAGAGGAGAGAAGAGGAGAAGAAACGACAGGAGGAGGAGAGGAGGCAGAAGGAGGAGGAGGAAGCUCAGAGGCGUAUUAAAAUGGAAAAGGAGCGCCAAUGGCAGGAGAAGCUGAGAAGAGAUGAAGAGGAGCGUCAGAGGAGGCUUCAGGAGGAGAGAGAGGCCAAACAGAGGGAGGAGGAAGAGAGAGAGAGACAGGCUCUCAUCCAGGCUGCCAAGGAGCAGGCUGAGCGAGAGCUCAGAGCAAAGGAGGAGGCAGAGCGAAAGAGGAGAGAGGAGGAGAGAAAGAAAAGAGAAGAAGAGGAGGAGCGUCAGAGGCAGUCAGAGAAACGGAGGCAGGAGGAGGAGAGGAGAAAGCUGGAGGAGGAGAGGAGGCAGCUAGAGGAAGAGAGGAGGAAACUGGAGGAGGAGCGGAAGAAAGAGGAGAAAAGAAGGAAAGAAGAAGAGGAGCGACGCCGGAGGGAGGAGGAGAGAAGAGAGGAGGAGCGCAGGAGGGAGAGGGAGGAGGAGGAGUGCAGAAGACAGAGGGCGGCUGAGGCUGCUGUCCGAGAUGCGGAGGAGAGGAGGAAGCGAGAGGAGGAGGACAGGAGGAAGAGGGAUGAAGAGAGGAGAAGGCUUCAGCAGCAGCAGCAGGAGGAGGAGAGGAGGAAGCGUGAGGAGGAAAGAAAGAGGGCAGAAGAGGAGAGGAAGAGAAAAGAGGAGGAAGAGGGGAGGAGGAAAGCCGAGGAGGAGAGAAAGAGGAAGGAGGAGACAUCUCGUCAGCAGCAGCACCUGAGUGGAGGAGGGAAGCUGGAUAUUCAGGAGAAACUAACGUCUCUGCUGAGAGGACUGGAGGAGAGGAAGGGUGGGCAACCCAGGGCCACACAACACAGGAAGUCAGCUGCUCUCACAUCCUUCAAAGCGCUCUACCCGUUCACUGCACGAAACAACGAAGAGCUCAGCUUCAAUGCGGAUGAUAUCAUUGAGGUUGAUGAGACGACUGAGCGGGAGGAAGGUUGGCUGUAUGGCAGCAAACAAGGGAAGAUGGGCUGGUUCCCAGAGAGCUACGUCGAGAGAAUGGCCCCAUCAGACACGGCUAACAGUAAUACUGCUGCCGCUGCUGCCACCGCUCCUAAAGUGCCGCUCCAGUCACAGCUUUCCAGUGUCCUUGAGGCUGCCAAGGCAGCAGGCACAAAGUCUGCCUUCACACCAACACACUCUCCAAACCUUGCCUCAUUGGAGACACAAGGACAGCAGGUGGUUGGUAACCUGCUCGCCCAGGCCCUGUGUUCAUGGACAGCGAAGACAGACAACCAUCUGAACUUCAAUAAGGACGAUGUCAUUCAGGUGCUGGAGCAGCAGGAGAACUGGUGGCUGGGAGAGUUGAACGGUGAACAGGGCUGGUUCCCCAAGACAUAUGUGACACUGCUGGGAGAAGAAGAAAGUUCAGACAGGAAGAGUUCCCCUCCUGAUGCGUCAGAGUCCAGCGACAACCUGCAGCUUGAAGAAUACGUGGCGUUGUACACUUAUGAGUCUCCAGAGCCUGGUGAUCUGACGUUUAGAGAGGGAGAUGUGAUCUUGGUGAGCAAGAGAGAGGGAGAGUGGUGGCACGGCUCUAUAGGUGAUCGCACAGGCCUCUUCCCCAGCAACUACAUCACGCCCAAAGAGACAGAUACAUCAAGCAUAUCUGGAAAGAAGAAGCCAGAGAUUGGCCAGGUGAUCAGGGCCCACUCCUCUAGCAGCCCUGAGCAGCUAAACCUGGAAAAUGGCCAGCUCGUCCUCAUCCUCGGCAAGAACGCCUCUGGCUGGUGGCUUGGAGAACUGCAGGCCCGUGGUAAAAAGCGACAGAAGGGCUGGUUCCCUGCUUCUCAUGUCAAAAUAUUAGGAUCCAACAGCGGCAAGUCCACACCAGCACCCCAGCCAGUCUGUCAGGUGAUCGCCAUAUACGACUACACCGCCUCCAAUGAGGAUGAGAUGAGCUUCUCCAAAGGUCAGCUGAUCAACGUUCUAGACAAGAACAACCCUGAUUGGUGGAGAGGAGAGAUCAAUGGCGUCACUGGCCUGUUCCCAACCAAUUACGUUAAGAUGACCACAGCAGAGUGCGACCCCAGCCAGCAGUGGUGUGCAGACCUGAACAGCCUGGACACACUGAGCCCCCAGGAGAAGAAGAGACAGGGUUACAUCCAUGAGCUGAUACAGACUGAGGAGAGAUACAUGGAUGACUUGAACAUAGUGCUGGAGGUUUUCCAAAGGCCUAUGUCAGAGUCGGGCCGUCUGAAUGAUGCAGAGAUGGCCAUGAUCUUUGUCAACUGGAAGGAACUGCUGGCCUGCAAUACUAAACUUCUCAAGGCACUACGUGUUCGUAAGAAGACGGGCGGGGAGAACAUGCCGGUGCAGAUGAUUGGAGAUAUCCUGGCAGCGGAGCUGUCCCACAUGCAGCCUUACAUUCGCUUCUGCUCCUGCCAGAUCAACGGGGCCACACUGCUCCAGACUCGCACUGACAACGAGCCAGACUUCAAGAAUUUCCUCAAGAAAAUUGCCACAGACUACAGGUGUAAGGGCAUGCCGCUGUCCAGCUUCUUGCUGAAACCCAUGCAGAGGAUCACACGCUACCCACUGCACAUCAAAAACAUUCUGGAGUGCACUGCAGAGGGCCAUGCUGACCGAGGACCUUUGAAAGAGGCUCUGGAGAGGGCGGAGGAACUCUGUCAACAGGUUAACGAGGGUGUGAGAGAGAAGGAGAACUCUGACAGACUGGAAUGGAUUCAGAAUCACGUACAGUGUGAUGGUGCUGCAGAGUACUUGGUCUUUAACUCUCUUACCAACUGUUUAGGCCCCAGGAAAUUGCUCCACAGCGGGAAGAUGUACAAGGCAAAGAGCAACAAGGAACUGUGGGCUUUCCUCUUUAAUGACUUCCUGCUUCUGACUCAUGCAUCUAAACAGUUCACCUCUUCUGGGCCCGAUAAACUGUUCAGCAACAAGAACAAUGUUCAGCUCAAGAUGUACAAACCACCCGUGCUGUUAAAUGAAGUUCUGGUGAAGCUGCCGGAUCCCUCCAGUGAUGAGCCCAUUUUCCACAUCUCACACAUUGACAGAGUCUACGUACUCAGGACCGACAACAUCAAUGAACGGACGGCGUGGGUUCAGAAGAUAAAGGCUGCGUCUGAAGAAUUUAUUGAGAAAGAAAAGAAAAAAAGGGAAAAGGCCUAUCAAGCUCGAUCUGUGAAGGCUACUGGAAUCGGCAGACUCCUUGUCACCAUCUUAGAAGCCACUGAGCUCAAGGCGGGAAAACCCAAUGGUAAAAGUAACCCUUACUGUGAAGUGACCAUGGGAGCUCAGAUCUUCACGUCAAGAACGCUGAAUGACACUCUGAAUCCCAAGUGGAACUUCAACUGUCAGUUUCACAUCAAAGACCUCUACCAGGACGUCCUCUGCAUCGCCAUCUUUGAAAGAGACCAGUUUUCACCUGAUGACUUCCUGGGUCGGACGGAGGUUCCCGUAGCAACCAUAAAGAAAGAGUUGGAGAACAAGGGACCAGUGACACGACGUCUUCUGCUGCAUGAGGUUCCUACAGGGGAAGUGUGGGUCCGCCUCGACCUGCAGCUCUUUGGUGGCAAAUAGACAUGUAGGAUGAACUGAAAUAAGAAACCGCAUCUUCUACCGAGACAUCCAAAUAAGGAUAACUAACCAAAUAAGCUGCUUUUUGUCACAUAAACAAACUCGGAUGGUUCCAACCACAUUCCUAAAAUAGACUCCAAGAAGAUUCCUAUAUCAAAUGAAAUACCCCUUCACACAUCAGGCCUUAAUAUUUAAUAUUAACCAGCACUAAUAAUACCUCUUCUUAUGUCCUCUGAAUCCUCCAGUAGGGAUCAGACCUGUUUUUUUCUCCCCUCAUGAUGACAUCAGAGGGAAAGGGAAGCUUGGUCAGUGCAGGAGUUUGCACCCGCACCAUAUUUACACUGUGAGGGAAUAAAAAGAAGAACUGCAGCGCGGCUUUUUAAGCAGUGGAGACACAGUCUGUCAUGAAGCUUGAUCUGGGUCCUUGGCUGUAAUAAUUUAUAACCUUCAGAAGGAAGUUAGAGCUGUUAAUAAAGCAAUAAAACUACAAAUAUAAAGGUUCUCUGCCCUCGUCUAGACUCUCACAGCUCUGUAUCUCAGUCGGUUUUUAAGUAUUCAGUCACUGACACACAAUCUGCCAAGUCUGGUCAACUAAGGCCAUUUAGUUAAAGAUAAGAUAACGAGUGUUAACUUUCAAUAUAUAUAUAUGUUGAUGAGGAGGUUGUGACUGAUGACUGUUGACCUGCUUUAUCAUCACUCAUCAUAAGCUGUCUGGUCUCAGUGACAUUUAGGGCAUCGUAAACAGGAGAUGGCAGAUGACGGACAGCGACAUGAAAUGCAUUGAACAACCUGGAAGAGAAGUUUUUGUGAGUAGCUCUGGUCAGGAGUCAGUUCACUGGAAGAUCUCAGGAUACGUUGUUCUGGGUUGAGUCACUAUAACAAUACUGAACGCUUAUUUUGUUUAUCUGGUGUGUGUGUGUGUGUGUAUGUUUUUGGAAGUGUAGAGAUGCUCUUGAGAUGCUGCAACUUUGGGAGUUAACUUUUAACUUCUGGCCUUAAUGCAACUCAUCUUUUAACUCUCGUAAAAUCUGUUCCUAAAAUCAUUCGGUUUCCCUGGGAUGAUGAUGUUCUUUGGGUAGAUGUCUUUUUCUUUGCUUUUUCCUCAGCCAAGGCCAAGUAAUAUCUCCAAGUGGGUGUGUAAAAUAAUCUAGGUGAAAAAAUGACAGAGGUGUAAAAAGCUAUAUUGAAUUAAGUUUCCUUCUACACCUUGCACUCCUCCUCCAGCUGAGUCUGCUCUUCCUGUCUUAUUUUUCGAUGAAGAGGAUUUUGAGGAUGUCAGGAUUUUGAGGCGACACAGAUCGGCAGUUUGUCAGCAACAAUAAACAGUAUUUGCAUCUUGUAUGUUACAUGUUACAUUUUUACCUUGCAAUAUUUUUAGUGUCAUUCUCCAGUCGCCGCCUCAUUUAUAACAAUACUGUUGCCUCAAAAAGCUGCCCUUUAUAAACAUCUGCUAUUAAAACCUUACAAGGAUAUAGUGUGUAAAAGCUGUAUGUUUAUGUUGUAGGUUGACUUUUUGGUGUCUUCUGCCUUGUUUUUACUCUUUUGUCCUUUGCGUCCAGUUUCCUUUCUAACUCUGAGCACCUGCUGGUGCUCUGAAUAUUAACGAAAAUGUGUCGUAUUUAUUUCUUAAUUUAUGCGUGUGUGACUAUCCAAAGGUUAGGAGCAGCUUUGCUUUGCUGUGUCAUCUUGGAUAAUCAGUUGGUAUCCACUGGGCUUGUUUUGAACGUGUGACGGCAAAUGCUAGAAAUGUGUUCAUCGGACACAUGUUGAUACUGUUUUGAAAAGCAAUAUAAUCUCUUAGAUGACCCUUCUGCGAUUGAGUUUUACUGCAAGUAGACUAGGUCUCUAGUAAUUUUGUUGGGCCUGUUGAUUUGUGCUCUUCUAUUAAUUAGUCUUAUUCAAUCAACAAGUCUGUUUUUUUUUGUUUUUUUUAGUCUUUGAAGUUUUAUUUUGAUUGUGGAAAAUGUGCAAAGAGACUGGACUACCUUCCUUGUCUGUGUAGGGGUGUUAAAGUUUGUCUUUUGCUUAACUUUUUAUUUUCUGCAGCCCUCUGCAUUGACUGCUGCUGUGCUAAAUGAAUAUAUGGCCUCUCUAACUCAGACUGCCUGUUCACAGCUCUGGAGUCUGUAACCUGCUGUUUGUACUCACUUUGGCCUCUACGUGGCACUCUGUGAUUCAGGGUUUCUUAAGUCAAAUUAAAUACAUUAAAAGUGAACAAACUGUCAAAUUAUUGACUGUCUUCAGAAAAGUGACAUUUAACACUGUAAACGUUGAGUGCUCACCCUCCUACUACAAUACGUAAGAGGUGAAUGGACGAUGAACUUUUAGAUUUAAACUUAAUCUGGAAAGCAACUUCAUGUCAUCUCUUUCAAAAACAUUUAUCUGCUCGACUGUUUAAGCCGUUGUACAUAAACAACACCAUCAUCCCACCACCAGAGAACAGACCUUUGCUUUUAUUCUUAAGUAUGAUAUUUGCUUGGAGUGAAUACAUGAUAAUCAUGAUGCAUUUAUUCUUAAAAAUAAUUUUUCCCCUACAAUUAGGAGAAAUUACAUGUUUGACACGUAAAUGUUUUUGUUGUCCAGUGCAUUACAAACUUGACAAUAUUGUAGUUACAGUAAACCAGAAAAAUUCAGGCAAAUUAAAUCCAGAAAUAAGUCUUAAUUUUUGUGAUUUUUAUUUACUUUCUCUCUGGUUUGUGUCAGUGUCCAGCCACAGAGGCAGUGGAGUUCAGUGUGGAGUUGUCAGUGCGCACCAAUAGACCUCAUUAAGUCCUUCUUCACCCUCCACUGACUCUGGGUCUACAGGAGCAACAGUCAUUAUGUAACCACACUGAGUGGCUGUGCGAGGGGCUGACAGCAACACACACAGCUGCGUAACUGAGUCGACAAAGUCAGCUGAACUCAACCUUGUGUGGCAGAGUGCCACAGUGGUAGUAAUGGACUCAGUGCAGUGGGGACGUGGUGAUAUAAAUGAUGAUAACUGAUGGUAACUAAUUCUUUUGCAUUUGAUUAAAAAAUGCAUCACAGACUUAGUUGAACCACUAUGGGCUUACUCUUGAUCAUGGUGGCAAAAUGACUUCAUGUUGUGAUUUUACAUGAAUUUAAAUUAUAGUUGUGAAUGAUAAUCUUCAAUGAUGCUGUGCUAAUCACAGUCAGUACGGACGUAUAACUUUCUUUCAGUUUUAGAUUGAACAAAUUAAAAAAUAAAAAGGAAAAAGACAAAUAAGUUGUUGGUUGUAAAAGCCCCCCCCCCCCCAUUAAUUUUGAGAGAGGAACAGCCAAUGAGGAAACUCCAACUCAGUCACAUGACAUUCAGCUGACCAAUGGUGGAACUAUGAUCAGUCAGUCAGUCAGUUAAUUGUG